UCAUGAAGAAGAGGGGAAAACUAAAGGCCGCACGCGGAACUGGAUGGUGGCCCUCAAGUCUUUGAUGCUCGUACUCCGGAUCUUUCAGGACGGCGAUCCCUACUUCCCUCGGGAGGUCUUCCACGCCAUGAAACGUGGCGCGAAGAUCCUCAACCUCUCCUCGUUCCGAGACGAGUCGAGCUCGAGCAGCCCGUGGGACUUCACGUCCUUCGUCCGGACCUUCGCCCUCUACCUAGACGAGCGCCUCGAGUGCUUCCUCACGGGCAAGCUCCAACGGAGAAGGCACGUUAACGGGCCGGUCAAGGAGAGCCCGACCUACCAGCGGGUCACGACCCGUGGCAGGCGGAAUAGCGAGCCGGUUUUAGAUAUGAAACCGGCUAUGCUCCUCGACCGGAUCACGUACUGGCAACGGCUGCUCGACCGGGCCAUCGCCCCCGGCCAACGGGAGAGGCCCGGAUCAACCGAUUGGUCCAAACGUGCUUAG